CAUAAAAUUGUGUUUUGCUUUGCUCACAUAUAUACAGCACAUUUACUCCAUUUAAACUCCCUAUCUCAGGAAAAUAAAAAAAAAGUCAGUCAAAUCAAAAUGAGGAUUCAAUUGUAAAACAUAAUCAGAAGUUCAUACAAUAAUCGUCAGCAUGGAAUGCUAAUUUUAAUAUAAUGUUCUGCACACGUAUAUAUUAUCGGUUUGCUUGCAAAGUUUCGUCUUAUCUUGUCAUUGGAUUUAACCAUUUUUAUUACCAUUAAAAGAUUAGCAUUGUAGGUAAUCGUAAAUGUGCGUUAAAACUUUUCGUGUUGCAUUAUUAUUUUCAGAAUAAGUCCAAAGUAUGAGAACACCUGUUGUCGCUCAAAAUUUAGGUAUUUUUAUUACCGGCAAUAUUAAUCGCUUAUUUGUCAAUCGGGAACCAUGGCAAGUGGCCACCGUAACAGCCACUGUAGUUUUAAGUGUUGCUUGGCUCUGGAAUUUCGCCAAUCAGGAAGAAAGCAUUUGGUUACGAAGCAAAAAGAAAUUUUUCCACUAUGUAAAAAAACUUCCUUCUGUACGUCAUAAAAUCGAUGAGGAAUUGUCGAAAACAAAUCAAAAUUUUGAAAAUGAAAUUUCAAAAAGUUGUGCAAAACUUUAUUACAAUCUUGAAUUACCAGAAAAUGGCUUAAGUAGUGAAAAAAUACUGAAAUUGAUAGAUCAACACUUGCGUAUAGGCAAUUACGAUUGGCGCGAUGGUAGGGUGUCAGGUGCUGUCUACGGUUUUGAUGAAGAGCUUAUCGAUUUGGUGACUAAAGCUUAUGGUAAAGCCUCGUAUACAAAUCCUUUGCACCCAGACAUAUUUCCGGGUGUUUGUAAAAUGGAAGCAGAGGUUAUAAGCAUGGCCUGCAAAUUGUUUCAGGGCGGCCCCAACACCUGCGGGACGAUGACAAGUGGUGGUACUGAAUCUAUUGUAUUAGCCUGCAAAGCUUAUCGCGACUAUGCUCGUGAGCAAAAAGGCAUAACUAAACCAAAUAUGGUUGUACCAAGAACAGCGCAUGCUGCUUUUGAUAAGGCUGCACAAUAUUUUAAUAUACAUGCCCGUUAUGUCGAUGUAGACUCGGAAUCGUAUGAAGUGAAUCUAAAGGCUUUUAAAAAGGCCAUAAAUGGUAAUACAAUUCUGUUGGUAGGGUCUGCACCAAAUUUUCCCUACGGAACUCUCGAUGAUAUAGAAGCAAUUGCCGCUUUGGGUUUAAAAUAUGACAUACCAGUGCACGUGGACGCGUGCCUAGGUAGCUUCGUAAUAGUAUUCGCUCGAGAAGCAGGUUACAAAUUGAGGCGUUUUGAUUUUUCAAUUCCUGGAGUAACUAGUAUAUCGGCAGAUACACAUAAAUAUGGUUUCGCCCCUAAGGGAUCUUCAGUUAUAUUGUAUUCAGAUAAAAAGUUUCGUAAUUAUCAAUUUACCGUUACUACUGAUUGGCCGGGUGGUGUUUACGGUUCCCCAACCGUAAAUGGUUCGAGAGCCGGAGGUAUUAUAGCGGCGUGCUGGGCCACCAUGAUGAGUUAUGGUCACAACGGGUAUUUGGAGGCUACAAAGCGUAUACUAGACACAGCGCGCUAUAUAGAACGAGGAUUGCGUAAAAUUGACGGAAUUUUUGUAUUUGGUCAACCGGCUACCUCAGUGAUCGCAAUUGGAUCUCAUGUAUUUGACGUGUUGCGUUUAUCAGAUGCCUUAUGUAAACUAGGUUGGAAUUUGAAUGCUUUACAAUUUCCAUCCGGUAUACAUAUAUGUGUCACCGAUAUGCAUACUGCGUCAGGAAUUGCAGAUAAAUUUCUAGUCGAUGUACGAGCAUCUGUAGCUGAGCUUAUGAAAGAUCCUCAACAGCCGGUGACUGGUAAAAUGGCUAUAUACGGGAUGGCUCAGGCUAUAUCCGAUCGAUCAGUGGUAGGUGAAGUAACGCGUUGUUAUUUGAAUAGUAUGUAUUACACGCCACCGCUUGACGAACAUUAAAACUGGAUAAUGCAUAAUAUAAUAAUAAUAUGCUCGCUCGUUGUCGUACAACAUCUCAUUUUUACGCAUUGGUUUGUAUGCAUGACAAAAUUUUUAUGAAAGAGUCCACCUCUUUUUAGUGAUAUAUGAAAACCUGUUUACAACUAACUUUACCAAACUAAGCCGCACAUAUGUUUAUUCUCUAUUUGUCUUUGUUAUGAAAUUUUGUUUCUUUUUUUCUUUUUGUGGAGUAAAU